AUGGCAGACGUGCAAAUGGGGGAUGCAGAAACCUUUGCCUUCCAAGCAGAGAUCAACCAGCUUUUGAGCUUGAUCAUCAAUACCUUCUAUUCCAACAAAGAAAUCUUCAUUCGUGAAAUCAUCAGCAAUGCUUCUGAUGCGUUGGAUAAGAUUAGAUUCGAGAGCCUGACGGAUAAGAGCAAGCUUGAUGCUCAACCCGAGUUGUUCAUCAGGAUUGUACCUGAUAAAACUAACAACUCUUUAUCCAUCAUUGACAGUGGUGUUGGCAUGACCAAAGCAGAUUUGGUGAAUAAUUUGGGAACAAUUGCGAGAUCGGGGACUAAGGAGUUCAUGGAGGCAUUGCAGGCUGGGGCUGAUGUGAGUAUGAUUGGACAAUUUGGUGUGGGGUUUUACUCGGCUUAUCUUGUUGCAGAGAGGGUUGUUGUGACUACUAAACAUAAUGAUGAUGAACAAUAUGUUUGGGAGUCACAAGCUGGUGGUUCUUUCACUGUUACAAGGGAUGUUAAUGGAGAGCAACUUGGUAGGGGUACUAAGAUUACCCUCUUCCUCAAGGAGGAUCAGCUUGAGUACUUGGAGGAGAGGAGGAUUAAGGAUCUUGUGAAAAAGCACUCUGAGUUCAUCAGCUAUCCCAUCUAUCUGUGGACUGAGAAAACGACUGAGAAAGAGAUUAGUGAUGAUGAGGAUGACGAACCAAAGAAGGAAGAGGAGGGCGAUGUGGAAGAAGUUGAAGAGGAGAAGGAAACUAAAUCCAAGAAGAAGAAGAUUAAGGAGGUUUCUCAUGAGUGGCAGCUCCUUAACAAGCAGAAACCUAUCUGGCUACGCAAGCCUGAGGAGAUCACCAAGGAGGAGUAUGCCUCUUUCUAUAAGAGCUUGACCAAUGAUUGGGAGGAUCAUUUGGCUGUCAAACACUUCUCUGUUGAGGGUCAGCUUGAAUUUAAGGCUAUCCUCUUUGUGCCGAAGAGAGCUCCAUUUGAUUUGUUUGAUACUCGGAAGAAGAUGAACAACAUCAAGCUUUAUGUCAGGAGGGUCUUCAUUAUGGACAAUUGUGAGGAGCUUAUCCCUGAGUACCUCGGAUUUAUCAAGGGUGUUGUUGAUUCUGAUGAUUUGCCGCUCAACAUCUCCCGUGAGAUGCUUCAACAGAAUAAGAUUCUCAAGGUCAUCAGAAAGAACCUAGUGAAGAAAUGCAUUGAGAUGUUCAAUGAGAUUGCAGAGAACAAGGAGGACUACCAGAAGUUCUAUGAUGCUUUCUCGAAGAACUUGAAAUUAGGCAUCCAUGAAGACAGCCAGAACAGAGCCAAAUUGGCCGAUUUGCUCCGCUACCAUUCAACCAAGAGCGGCGACGAGAUGACGAGCUUGAAGGACUACGUCACCAGAAUGAAGGAGGGCCAGAAGGACAUCUACUACAUUACUGGUGAAAGCAAGAAGGCGGUGGAGAACUCGCCGUUCCUCGAGAGGCUCAAGAAGAGGGGCUAUGAGGUGCUCUUCAUGGUCGAUGCCAUCGACGAGUACGCUGUCGGCCAAUUGAAGGAGUACGAUGGAAAGAAGCUGGUUUCUGCUACAAAGGAAGGACUAAAACUUGAUGAUGAGACCGAGGAAGAGAAGAAGAAAAGGGAAGAGAAAAAGAAGUCCUUUGAGAACCUCUGCAAGAUCAUCAAGGACAUUCUGGGAGACAGAGUUGAGAAGGUGGUUGUGUCUGACAGGAUUGUGGACUCUCCAUGCUGCUUGGUGACCGGAGAGUAUGGCUGGACAGCUAACAUGGAGAGGAUCAUGAAGGCUCAGGCACUGAGGGACAGCAGCAUGAGCUCUUACAUGUCAAGCAAGAAGACCAUGGAAAUCAACCCUGACAAUGGCAUCAUGGAGGAGUUGAGGAAGAGAGCUGAAGCUGACAAGAACGACAAGUCUGUCAAGGAUCUUGUGUUGCUGCUGUUCGAAACUGCCCUCUUGACCUCUGGCUUCAGCCUUGAUGAGCCGAACACGUUCGCUGCAAGGAUUCACAGGAUGUUGAAACUGGGCCUUAGCAUUGAUGAGGGUGAGACUGCUGAUGAAGAUGCUGACAUGCCUGCUUUGGAGGAAGAUGGUGCUGAGGAGAGCAAGAUGGAGGAGGUGGACUGA